AUGCCACGCCCCUGCCUCAAGUUCGCCAUGGCGUCGUCCACCGGGGUCUCUCCAACUGAAAUAGCAACGGCUCUUCAGACUCUGACACCAGACGAAGCGAAAGAGCUGUUCUUCUACCUCAAGGUACCGCUGCACUCUCUCAACAGUGUCCCUACCAACCAGUCGGGUAACAUGGCCAAGAUCUCCUACAUCCAGCUGUGGUAUGACAACGAUCACGAUACGAGUUGGGACAGGAUCGUGGAUGGUCUUCAACGAAUCGAGAAGAAGACUUUGGCUAUUAGACUUGCCUCUCAGUACUGUACCAGGACUCUGACAUCGGCUGAUAAUUUCACCCUCGACCUCCCCUCCUCUCCAGUGUCAACCCUAGAAGCGAGUGCUCUUGCAACCAGUGGGUUAUCUCCCACAGAGCCCUCCCUCAACCCCGUAGCACGUCCGUCAACCCUAGAAGCGAGUGUUCUACCAACCAGUGGGUCAUCUCCCACAGAGCCCUCCCUCGGCCCCGUAGCACGUCCCUCCUCCCCCUUUGACAGGGUGUCGGAAGUCAGAGCCGAGAUCGACCGACUCAGUGACACCUUCUCAGACCUCGUGUCUGACACGAGAGACGAAAUGUGCAUCAGAGCAAGUGUGGAACCUCCAUUUCUCAACAAGUUCCGCGAUCGUCUCUUAGAUCUUCCUGUUGCACAAAAAGCGCCUCACACCAAAUUUUUCCGGGACAAUGAAGACGACUUUCUAAAAGCUGUAAAUAUGCACAAAAUAUUUGCCAUUCUCAGGCGCUACUCCAACUACAGAAACUAUGCAGUACUGCGAGAGGUUGUCAGAAAAUUCAAUUCAACCAUGCUCCAGCAAAGAAUGAAUGACUAUAUCAAGUCCCUUGAACAUUUUGAGAAAGCUACAGCAGUAGAUGUCUACCUGAGAGCUAUUGAAGCUAGUGAUGUUCUCUGUGCGGAAUUCACCAAGAUGAUCGUAAAAAUCGACAAGCCAGCACCUGAGUGCACACUCUACGAUAUUCGUAAGAAAACGGAAGAAAUUACGGAAAGAGCUUCUCUCCAGUCGUACAGUGUGUACAUUGGGCCUGUACUGGAGGGUUCAGUUGUGCUGGCGCUGGGGUUCCCUGCCAACUGUGUAGGGUGGAUACUUGGAGCCCUGACUCCCGCCUUCCUAGCCACACAUCUCCUGUCUGACGUGGUCCUCGAUCAACAACCCCUCUCAAUCCUCAACUGGCAUCAGGAGAAUCUGAAUGAUGAGCUUCUUGUUGCAAGUAAAGAAGGAGAUGUAGUUGCUGUCGCAUCACUCCUAAACAGUUGAGCCGAUAUUCACUCUCAAGGCAAUUACUUAUUGUCUCCCCUGAGCUGUGCCGGUCGAUAUGGUCAUUUACAAGUGGUGCGCCUCCUACUUUCAAGAGAUACUAAUCUGGAUUAUGGAGAUGAGGACGGAUGGACACCUCUGAUGUACGCCUCGGCCAAUGGUCACUCUGAAGUAGUGAAGGAACUGAUAUCUCUUGGAGCGAAUGUUAACACUCAAGACAACAGAGGGGACUCUGCGGUCAUCAUUGCAGUACUGGAGGGGUAUCGAGAUACUCUGGCACUCCUAGUAAAUGCAGGCAGUGAUCUCAACCUCCAAAACCACGGAGGCCUGACUGCUCUAAUGAUAGCAGUCAGAUACGGUAGACGGACGAUGAUCAGAACCCUACUAAAAGGAGACCUUGACUUACAGGAACAUACUGGGGGAUGGUCAGCUCUCCACUUCUCAGCUGAAAAUGGAGACCCAGCUAUAACAUCUGCUCUUGUCUCGUCAGGGGCUAAUGUCCACCUUCCAGAUAAGAAUUUCUUGACACCUCUCGUGAUUGCUGCAAUGAAACUAAACUAUGAAGACUCUAGGCUCAUGCCAGAAUGGUCUGCAUACUACAUGAAUGACUAUAGAGGAGAGAGAGACUAUGGUAGAGUCUUAUGGCUGCUAGAAAGGAGCUUCAUACCCAUCCCCACACCAGCUCAUCAACCAGUCACAGACCGUAGAAAGGUUAAACAGAGGCCUCUGGACAAGGAUUGGAAAGCAGAAGAAACACCAAGCCUAAGGAAUUAAUUGUAAAAGGAACAGGAACAUAAUUAUUGUAUGAUUUCAUGAUCAUUUUUUGCUUGGUGCGCAGGCAAGGGUUAUUGUCUCUCCAUAUGUCCAUAUAUAGCUGCCUGUCCUUGUC